AUGUUGUACACAACAGAUAUUUCCUUAUUUUUUGUAAUCCUAUUAAAUCUGUGUACAGUAUCCAUUGCUGUGAAGCAGUCAUGGGAAAUUAAUCAAGAUCUAGUUACAAAUGAAAAUAAAGAGCAUACAGUGUUUGGAGAUAUGCUUUUAACUCCUGCCCAAUUACUUCGCUAUGAGAAUUCUAAAGAUUCUGAUUUGACGAUUCGUGGUGUUUCUAUAAAAGGAAAUUCCAAUAAUCGUUGGGAAAAUAAUAUUGUUCCAUUUGUGAUUUCCCCCCAAUACUCUGCAACUCAAAAGAAAAUUCUAAUAUCUUCUCUUCGUUAUUUCGAAAGAGUAUCUUGUUUCAAAUUCGUUGACCGUACCACUCAAAAUGACUAUCUAUUCAUAGUUCCUCUGGAUGGAUGUUACUCCUAUGUUGGUAAAAUUGGCGGGAGACAGGCUCUUUCCUUAGCCGCUGAUUGUAUUGCUGAUUACAUUAUUUGGCAUGAAAUGAUGCAUGCGAUUGGAUUUGAACAUGAACAUCAGAGACCUGAUCGAGAUUCAUUCAUUCGGGUUGACUAUUCGAAUGUUAUUCCAGGUCAAAUGAUCAACUUUGAUAAACUUCAACAAUCCCAGGUUGAGUUCCCAGACUCCUACGACUACAAAUCCAUCAUGCAUUAUGAUGGAUACGCAUUCGGCAGAGUGGAUGGAGUCCGUCAGGUUCGAUUAGCUACUAUGAUUCCUCUGAAACCAGGUGUUCGAUUGGAAGAUAACAUGAAGUUCACUGCAACUGAUAUCGAGAAACUGAACAGAUUAGGUCAAUGUGGUACACGGGGUGGUCAGUACAGUAAUCAAGGAGUGGUGGCUGCAACAUGUAAAGAUGUGGCUACUGCAAUUAGUUGUGAAGGAAAUAGAAGGGUAAGAAGUGGUAAUGCAGCAUACACCGUAAUUCUAAAUUCUGAAUUGCAGCGUGGAAUGUGCAAGAAUCCAUUUUACAAACAAAUGAUGAUCAAAUCAUGUCAGAAGACGUGCAGACUGUGCUCAUAUGCUAGGAGUAUUGAUGAAGACGAAAACUUGACGCCGAAUACCACACGAAAACCGUUAAAGUGCGAGGACAAACAUCCUCGAUGUGAUGUUUACUCCCAAAAUGGUUUCUGCUCACUUCCCUUUUAUGAUGAUGUUCGAUAUCAACUUUGUGCCAAAACGUGUAAUUUAUGUUAG